UAGAGACGGGGUUUCACCGUGGUCUCCAUCUUCUGACCUCGUGAUCCGCCCGCCUCGGCCUCCCAAAGUGCUGGGAUUACAAGCGUAAGCCACCGCGCCCGGCUAUAUAGUGUGUUUCGAGGAGGCCAUGUAGCAUAAUGAAAAGACAGAUUAUAAAUAAUCUUAAUAGCAGUAUUCACGUUUGCAUUCUCGUAUCCCUGGCAUGGAGUCCUACACACAAUAGGCGCCCUAAGAAAGCGUGUUUGACUUGAUCGCUGGAGCAUCUGCCGGCGCCGCCCAGGACCCGCCCAGGACCCGCCCCUCCCCCUGCGGCCCCGCCCCCCGCAUGCUGAUUGCCAUAUAGGCGAGUGACGUCAGGCCGUUUGUUGUCAUUGGCGGCUCCCAAGAUGGCGUCCAUCAUGGAAGGGCCGCUGAGCAAAUGGACUAACGUGAUGAAGGGCUGGCAGUACCGUUGGUUCGUGCUGGACUACAAUGCAGGACUGCUCUCCUACUACACGUCCAAGGACAAAAUGAUGAGAGGCUCUCGCAGAGGAUGUGUUAGACUCAGAGGAGCUGUGAUUGGUAUAGACGAUGAGGACGACAGCACCUUCACAAUAACUGUUGAUCAGAAAACCUUCCAUUUCCAGGCUCGUGAUGCUGAUGAGCGAGAGAAGUGGAUCCAUGCCUUAGAAGAAACAAUUCUUCGACAUACUCUCCAGCUUCAAGGUUUGGAUUCAGGAUUUGUUCCUAGUGUCCAAGAUUUUGAUAAGAAACUUACAGAAGCUGAUGCUUACCUACAAAUCUUGAUUGAACAAUUAAAGCUUUUUGAUGACAAGCUUCAAAACUGCAAAGAAGAUGAACAGAGAAAGAAAAUUGAAACUCUCAAAGAGACAACAAAUAGCAUGGUAGAAUCAAUUAAACACUGCAUUGUGUUGCUGCAGAUUGCCAAAGACCAGAGUAAUGCGGAGAAGCACGCAGAUGGAAUGAUAAGUACUAUUAAUCCUGUAGAUGCAAUAUAUCAACCUAGUCCUUUGGAACCUGUGAUCAGCACAAUGCCUUCCCAGACUGUGUUACCUCCAGAACCUGUUCAGUUGUGUAAGUCAGAGCAGCGUCCAUCUUCCCUACCAGUUGGACCUGUGUUGGCUACCUUGGGACAUCAUCAGACUCCUACACCAAAUAGUACAGGCAGUGGCCAUUCACCACCGAGUAGCAGCCUCACUUCUCCAAGCCAUGUGAACUUGUCUCCAAAUACAGUCCCAGAGUUCUCUUACUCCAGCAGUGAAGAUGAAUUUUAUGAUGCUGAUGAAUUCCAUCAAAGUGGCUCAUCCCCAAAGCGCUUAAUAGAUUCUUCUGGAUCUGCCUCAGUCCUGACACACAGCAGCUCGGGAAAUAGUCUAAAACGCCCAGAUACCACAGAAUCACUUAAUUCUUCCAUGUCCAAUGGAACAAGUGAUGCUGACCUUUUCGAUUCACAUGAUGACAGAGAUGAUGAUGCGGAGGCAGGGUCUGUGGAGGAGCACAAGAGCGUUAUCAUGCACCUCUUGUCACAGGUUAGACUUGGAAUGGAUCUUACUAAGGUAGUUCUUCCAACGUUUAUUCUUGAAAGAAGAUCUCUUUUAGAAAUGUAUGCAGACUUUUUUGCACAUCCGGACCUGUUUGUGAGCAUUAGUGACCAGAAGGAUCCCAAGGAUCGAAUGGUUCAGGUUGUGAAAUGGUACCUCUCAGCCUUUCAUGCGGGAAGGAAAGGAUCAGUUGCCAAAAAGCCAUACAAUCCCAUUUUGGGCGAGAUUUUUCAGUGUCAUUGGACAUUACCAAAUGAUACUGAAGAGAACACAGAACUAGUUUCAGAAGGACCAGUUCCCUGGGUUUCCAAAAACAGUGUAACAUUUGUGGCUGAGCAGGUUUCCCAUCAUCCACCCAUUUCAGCCUUUUAUGCUGAGUGUUUUAACAAGAAAAUACAAUUCAAUGCUCAUAUCUGGACCAAAUCAAAAUUCCUUGGGAUGUCAAUUGGGGUGCACAACAUAGGGCAGGGCUGUGUCUCAUGUCUAGACUAUGAUGAACAUUACAUUCUCACAUUCCCCAAUGGCUAUGGAAGGUCUAUCCUCACAGUGCCCUGGGUGGAAUUAGGAGGAGAAUGCAAUAUUAAUUGUUCCAAAACAGGCUAUAGUGCAAAUAUCAUCUUCCACACUAAACCUUUCUAUGGGGGCAAGAAGCACAGAAUUACUGCUGAGAUUUUUUCUCCAAAUGACAAGAAGUCUUUUUGCUCAAUUGAAGGGGAAUGGAAUGGUGUGAUGUAUGCAAAAUAUGCAACAGGGGAAAAUACAGUCUUUGUAGAUACCAAGAAGUUGCCUAUAAUCAAGAAGAAAGUGAGGAAGUUGGAAGAUCAGAACGAGUAUGAAUCCCGCAGCCUUUGGAAGGAUGUCACUUUCAACUUAAAAAUCAGAGACAUUGAUGCAGCAACUGAAGCAAAGCACAGGCUUGAAGAAAGACAAAGAGCAGAAGCCCGAGAAAGGAAGGAGAAGGAAAUUCAGUGGGAGACAAGGUUAUUUCAUGAAGAUGGAGAAUGCUGGGUUUAUGAUGAACCGUUACUGAAACGUCUUGGUGCUGCCAAGCAUUAGGUUGGAAAAUGCAAAGUUUAUACCUGAUGAUCAGGGCAGUAGGCAUAAUUCAGCAACAAACAAUCUUCCUUUGGGAGAAACCUGUUCACUCCCUUCUAAUUACAGUGGUUCCUAUCUCAGGGAUACUGGACUUUCUGACGCAGAUGAACAAUUAAGGGGAAAAGCUUCCCUUUUCCCUCUGUGGCAGUUACGAUUUUGACUUCAGUCCUGAGAAAAACUUCAGGUUUUGAAAACCAGAUGUCUUCUCCUUUUCCAAACAAACACCACACGUUGAAAGCAUUUAUAAAUCCAAGUCUGAAACUCUGCGCUCUAAUACUGCUGUUAAGAUAUACAACCUGUUUCUUCAUAUAAUCUCGGGAUACAUACACACACAUAUACGCACACACACACAUAUAUAUAUACACACACAUACAUAUAUAUAAAUAUACCUGAUGCCAGAUUUUUUCAUAUUCUGCCUACUGUAAAUAUGGGUUCCUGAGUUGUUUUAGAAAAUUAGCGCAAUGUAUUAAAAUCAAGUGUUAGGAAAUUUCAUGGUCUUACCUACAAUAACUUUUAUUUUGGAAUUGAACUAUUAUUAAAUUGUAUCUAAUCCUGGAUUACAGUUUAAUUAAUUAUUCUUAGUGCUUAAGGCUUCAUAAAGUAAUUUUUCCAAACUUUUUUUUAAAAA